AUGAUCUCCACUGGGGAUGCAGAGUUCCCGUGUGAGUACCACACCCUGGGCCACGGCGGCACGCGCCGUUUCCCUCACCACAACAACAACAACGGCGGGCUGGCGCCAACCUCUGGGAGCCGCCAACGCCACAACGCCAUCGCUGCCAAGAGUCUGGAGGCCCUUACGAACCUUCACAAGGCUGACAUAAAGCGCCAGCACGAAGCCUUUAUGGACCUCCAGAAAAAUCAGAAGUACCCGGCCAGCCCCUGUAUGUCUCAGGGCCAGAGAUCACCUAACUUUGGCCGCCAACAGCAGCAACAGCCAAACUACUGGAGUUUCAAGGCCCGUACCCCCCGUGUGAUCCGACGCAACCCCGACCAGCCGGCUCUAGCCGACCAGGCCAGCAGGGUGUCCUUUGCCUCGGCUGAGAGUCUGGAAACCAUGUCUGAGGCCGACGUUCCCCUCGGGUUCAACCGCAUGAACCGCCUCCGCCAGAGCCUGCCCCUGGCGCGCUCAUCCAGCCAGGCCAAGCUCCAUCCGCCAGGCAUUCUCUUCCUCCAGCUGGGCGAGGAGACGAGGCGGGUGCACCUGACCCACGAGCUGACCAGCCUGGAGACCCUGAGAGCCCUCAUUGUCCACAUGUUUCCCCAGAGGCUCACCAUGGCAAUGCUAAGGUGCCCCAGCACGGCCCUGCUGAUUAAGGACGAGGCCCGUAACGUAUUCUAUGAGCUGGAGGACCCACGAGACGUCCAGGACCGCUGUGUCAUCAAGAUCUACUGUAAGGAGCCUGUCUACGGCACCUACCCCGGACACCACAACCCACAUCUGGCCAACGGAGACCUCCGGAGGGAGAUGGUGUACACGCCCCAGCAGGAUUCUCCGUCCAACCGUCGCCUCAGCAAUGCCCCCGCCUCCUCCUCCGCAUCGACCCCCUCCAGCUCCCCGUCCCGCGUCCGUCUCCUCUACAGUGGCGGUGGCCGUCCAUCCUCCUAUGCCGGGCAACCUCACCUCCAGCAUCACCCCCACACCCACUCCCUCCCUCACCCCCACCACCUCUCCUUCUCCCCCAGUGCCAUCCUGGAGCGGAGGGACGUGAAGCCCGAUGAGGAGGUCCACGGUAGUGGCUCCAGAAGCAUGGUGCUCCUGCGGGGCGAUGGAGGGGGAAUCUAUGCCGACCCCUAUUUCCUAGGCCAGGAAGGGGGUCGGCUUAGUCUGGCUGGCCCCCACUCCCCCCUACCCCCGAGGGGGGAUCCCUAUGGCUCUCUCUACCGGCGAGGAGGAGGUGGUGGUGGAGGGUUGGGACCCGGCUCCGUGCGCUCCCUCACUUCCUACUCGGCGGCGGCUCUGCAGGGAGAGCUGAUGGACAGCGGCAUCCUAUACAGGCCUGGAGGCCCGCUGUAUAAUGAUGCUGCCUACGCCGCAUCCAUGUUGGCCAUGGGUUUCCGGGUGCCACCCCCCUCGUCCCCACAGAAGAUCCCUGACAUGAGGGACUCGUAUUCGGGCACCAUGCCCGGCCGGAGCUCCCCUGGGAGGCAGACCCUGCGGAGGGACUCGGUGUCCUCCUCCGUGUUUGGGGAAAGUGCCAAAGCUAGGGGUCAGGGGUCAGGGUUGGGGUCAGAUCAGCUGUGUCUGAUGGCUGGACCUGGAGGGGAGGGCGGUGGUUUCAGUUCAGCACCAGGUUUAAGUUCACCUCUACCAGGCAACGAGACCGAGACCAGGGGGCGCAUGGAGGUCAUGGAGAAACAGAUAGCCAGUCUGACUGGUCUACUGCAGACUGUUCUGACCAGGGGACCAGAGGCAGAUAGCCCUGUCUGGAUUCAGGACUGGGCUCAAAACUCCCUACUGUUCCUGCUGGAGUCUCUAACGCCAUCGGCUCCGUUGGCCCUGAUGCCGCCACCGCCCACAGGGUCCGCCCAGUCACUGACGGUGUCGCGGCUGCAGAUGCAGAACCACCUGCAUGGCCUGCAGCAGAACACCAGCAAGCUGCGCAUACAGCUGUCUCAGCUGCGCGACAUCCAGUUGGAGAACCAGGACUCGGUGCAGUCCCUGCUGAGGCAGACAGAGUCGGAGCUGAGCCUGAUGAUGCUGGAUGCCAUGCGGACCCAGGAGGACCCUCUGCAGAGGCAGCGUCUCUUAGUGGAGGAGGAAAGACUCAAGUACCUCAACCAGGAAGAGCUGCUCAUCCAGCAGCUGCAUGAUCUGGAGAAGUCAGUGGAGGAACUCCAGAGGAACUCGUCAGUCAACCAUGGCCUGGUGACAGAGCAGGAUGUGGAGCAGAAGAGCAUGGAGCUCAGGUCUUUGGGAGAGACCCUCACAGAGCUCAAGAACCAGUUCCCCAGUCUGCAGAGUAAGAUGCGGGUGGUGUUGAGGGUAGAGGUGGAGGCUGUCAAGUUUCUGAAGGAGGAACCACACAGACUGGACACACUGCUGAAACGCUGUAACACUAUGACCGAUACACUGACCACACUACGAAGAAAAGUGACCGAGGGCCUGUGGAAGGGCCAGGACGACAUCUGCAGCCAGUCAGCCAAGCGAACUGAGGACACAGGAAAGAACUCGGACCUCGACAUCCUGACCAGUCCACCGCUCAGCCUCAAUGACCUGGGUGGCAGUGCCAGCCUUGCCAACUGGAUGCCCAUAUCAAGCAGUGACCCGGACACCUCGGGACCUGAGCAGGAUCCCCACCCUACAGCCAGCUACAGAAGCCGGGUCCUGGAUGAGCUGCCGAGCCGCCGCGGUGCUGACAAAUCAGUGUCCGUGGAGGCUGCAGAGCGGGACUGGGAAGAGAAGCGGGCCAGUCUGACCCAGUUCAGUGCCCAGGACAUCAACCGUCUGCUAGAGGAGACGCAAGCUGAGCUGAUGAAGGCCAUCCCAGACCUGGACUUCGCUGCCAGGCAGAUCAACAAGCCCGUGGUGCCCCCCAAACCCCACCCCAAACCUCAGUUUACCACCCCUGUCACUACCUCUACCAGCGCCUUCACCGCCUCUAGUAUCCUCACUACUACCAGUACUGAGCACCAGCCCAACAAGGUCCAGAUCACUGCCCUGAAGCUGGAAGGGGGAUCACGUCGCGGAUCUGCGGAGAUGACCGUAACCAGGUAUCGCACUGAGAAACCCUCUAAGUCGCCGCCUCCACCCCCUCCUCGCCGCAGCUUCCCAUCAGCCCAUGGGCUCACCACCAAUCGCACUGGAGAAGUGACCGUCACCACCAAGAAGACGCCAACCCUGUUUUGUUUUUCUAAGAAGCUGGAGCCAGAAGACGGAGAGGCCCCGAAGACUCUGGUCAAGCUGAGAAGGACACCGUCUGACACCCCUCGCCCCGCCUCCACUCCCCCCGUCAUCGCCGCCUCAGCGAUUAAAGAUGAAGACCACGACGAGCGGAUUACUGCUGAACUAGAGAUAUUUCAGCGAAGCCCUGUCAAAAAUGCCAGCAACUCACCAGGGGCGUCCAAGGGACCUCAGUCGACUGUAGCGGCCAGACUGAAGCACCUCCAGCAGGGCAGCCUGGAGAGGCCCAAGACCAGGAAGCAGAGAGAGGACUUCCCCAAGAUCCAGGGCCAACAGCAGGUAUUCCACUUCUAG